GCUAUCUGGAUGGUUCUGUAGUUCAGCAGGAGGGCCCAGAGAGGCAACACAGCCCAGAAAUAACUGUACCCUGCAUGUAGCUCUGCAGCCCCAUCAGAAAGAAUUCUGUGGAGACCGGCACGGCCUACAGGUGUCCAGGACCUCCCUCUUGAGAGGACAAAGAGUGCUGCUGACAGAAACCCACCAGGUCCUUACUGAACUGUGCUCCACAGCCAUCCGGCGAGUAUGGUGGUUUCGGGCUCUUGUGGACCCAGGAGACAGCCAGGACCAUGUUCCAGUAAAUGAGGUCUGCAGCUCGAGUCCUGUGCCCCGACUCCCAUCCGCAGACACGCCAGCCAGCCAGAGAGGAUGAGGGGGCCACGUGGGGCUCACAACCUCCCCGGACUGAGAGGGGCGGUGACAGGAAGCGUCCCCCCUCUAUCCUGAGGCCCAGACGUCAGAAAUGUGGGUGCCAUGGGGCUGAGCCACAAAGGACUUCAAGGCAUGUGCGGUUCCGAGAACCCCUGGAGGUGGCCGUUCACUACAUUGCCCGCAGGGACACCACAGCCUCCAUCAAGGUGCCCAGUCGGUCAGCUUCCCAUGGUGGCUCUCCACUCCCGUCAGCACCCUGCAGUGGCUCCCCCUUCCUGUGGCUGACUCUGUGCGUUCUGCUGGGAGUGGCGCUGGGCCUGUACUGUGGCCAGGUCAAACAUGUCACAGUGACCCUGCAGGACCUCUGGGAUUGGCUCCUCGUCCGCAUCUUGCGCCUGUGGCAUGUAGUUCUUGCCUGUUGGCACUGCCUCCUGAAGCUCUGACACAUGGCUGAAUGGCAGUUUCACCUCUGAACAUCGCUGAAGGGUGAUGCUGUUGGGGCCUAGGGUGGUUUGGGGACUGGCACGUGGUGAAGCCCAGGCAAUAAGACUAACAAGACAGAGCUCUGCUAGCCAAUGCUUGACAAACCCAGGAGCUCCAAGAGGCCACUGUUGUGGAUAAAGUGGGAGAAAGGGUGCCUCUGGCUUGAUGCUACAAGUACUCCCUACUCUAUUCAGCACAGGCUGGGAUCUUGGUAUUUAAGAUUGUAUUAGAGAAAGAACUCAGCCAUUGUGGCUGGGGAUCCCCAAGCUUCUGCCCAGUCCUCCCUCUUGGGAUCCCUGACCUGGAUGCUGUCAUAGAUGACAGGCAACCCUUUCAGGUUGUCACCUGCCUCUGAGGGGCAGUUUGGGAAGGCAAGGCCCGAACUCCUGCUGCUUUGAGUGCUUGGCCCUGUUUUUGUCUUACCAUCAGGAGAUGGGCUCAGGGGCCUUCCUCUGCAGUUCACAGAGCCCUGUGGGUAUCAGGGUAUUAUCCUCGGAGCCCAGGUCUGAUUCCUCCAUUUGACACUAAGAUCUUUAGAGGUCCUUGUGGUGUGGGAACAGAGUCCAGCUCUGAACCAAGCUGCUCUUUUCUUCUGAGAGGUCCCUCUUCCAAGGCUACAGACAAACCCAAGGUCACCAUGCCUGCCUAACAGCCAAAGGUCCUUUAAAUCUCCUGUACCUACACAGACACAGUUCUGUCAUGCAUGUUGCAAGGACAAGGGAAGCAAGCACAUAGUAAUGAACUUCAGGACCCUUGGACCUGCCUGGAAGGGAUCCCUGAACACCGUGAGGAGGCUCAGUCAGACACCAGGAGGAUCCACCAGGAGGACUCGGCACCACCCUGGAACAAACAUUUGAUCAGGGUUUGGGGGCCAGGGUAAGGCUUGUGACUGUCCUCUUAAGGUGGCCCUCUACUUAUGUGAGCAAACAUAUUUCAUAAUAACACCUGCAUCCUCUUCAACCUCAGGGUUAUUAUAGAAAUUAGAAAUACAAGAUAGAGGUUGGGUAAUUCCUCCAGGGCCAUCUGGGCACCAGAGCAUACCCUUUACCCCACAACUCACAGGUCCUUUGCAGUUGUCAUUUGUGAGAAUUUGGGGGACCCCCCCCAUGCCUCUAGGACCACAUUCUCCUCCAGCAAAACAUGCCCAGAUUCUUAGCUCACUGAGGGGCCAUCUGCCCCUCUCUGGAUUUCAGGUACUACAUACAAUGGUCUCUAGCUAUGUUUGGGGGCACAGUCAGGGAGGGCCCAGUGGAAAGAAACUCUGCUUCCAGGAGUGGUCUAGAGAGGCCCAACUUGGGAAACCACUCACCAUGAUCAGCCAUCACCAUGGCUACUGUUGCCUGCACCAGCCCAGAUGCCCCAGGACCCAUUCCAUCUCAUCCCACUCUGGUAAGAGACAGGCUCAUGACUGGCCUGUAUUCCAGAUGUGGAAAGACACUAAGAAAUGAGACAGAUUGUAGGGUUAAACCAGCCCCUUUAGGGGGCGGGUUUGC